CGACGAUGGGAGCUUCUUUGCAUUGAAGGAGGUCCCACUGAACGGGGAUCCGGCUCUUGCUCAGGAGAUAGAGCAGGAGGUGGAGCUGAUGAGUCGCCUGCAGCACCCCAAUAUUGUGCGCUACCUGGGCACGUGUCACCGCAGUGGAACGCUCUACAUCUUUCUGGACCUGGCCAAGGCGUCGCUGGCAUCCAUGCUGAAGAAGUACGAGCGCUUUGGCGACGCGCUCAUUCGCACGUACACGCGCCAGAUCCUGCACGGGCUUGCGUACCUGCACAUGCAGAACACCAUGCACAGGGACAUCAAGUGUGCCAAUGUGCUCGUCGACUCCCUGGGUCAAGUCAAGCUCGCAGACUUUGGCAUGGCCAAGAAUUUGGAUCGCAGCAUGAUGGCAUGCUCUACCAAGGGCAGCCCCUACUGGAUGGCUCCAGAGGUGCUGGGAGCAGUGUCAGGUGGAUACGGUCUACCUGCGGAUAUCUGGAGCCUGGGUUGCACAGUGCUGGAAAUGGCGCAGGGGAAACCGCCGUGGUGCCACUUGGAGGGGGUGAGUUGGGAGGCAAUGAGAGGGAGGCGCAUCUUGCUUCCCCCCAUGUCUCCCUCCUCAUAUUCACCACCCGCUCUUCCUCCACGCCUUCCCUUCCUUUCCUCCCACGUUCUCUUCCCUGCACACCCUUCCUGCUGCUGCUCCUCGCGUCUCUCUCUGGCUCGCGCCAGUUCUCCUUUGUGUUCAAGCUCAAGAAUGGCGAUCUGCCAGCCAUCCCAGACACACUCUCACACGAGGGCAAGGACUUUGUUCUGCGCUGCCUGCGCCACAGCCCCUCCCAACGCCCCACCGCCACAGAGCUACUCUCUCACCCUUUUGUGGCGGAGGAGGGAGGAGGAGGAGGAGGGGGAGUGGCAGGGGCGCCUGUUCUUGUUGCUGCUUCGAACUCCUGGCAAGCGCAGGGGCACGAACAGCAGCAUCAGCAGCAGUCGCCUAUGCAACAACAGCCCCAGCAGCAGCAGCAGCAGCAGCAGCAGCAGCAGCAGCAGCAGCAGCAGCAGCAGCAGCAGCAGCAGCAGCAGCAGCAGCAGCAGCAGCAGCAGCAGCAGCAGCAGCAGCAGCAGCAGCAGCAGCAGCAGCAGCAGCAGCAGCAGCAGCAGCAGCAGCAGCAGCAGCAGCAAGGGUUAGGGUUUGCUCGGCCUGCUGCGUCUGGUCGGUGGUCGCCGCAGCAAGGGCACACAUUAGGGCCGCAGACCGGUGCAGGUGUGUCGGGUUCGAUUUUGAGUGGAUGGGUGGGACAGCAACAGGGGCAGGAGGAGUACCCAUGGGACAUUCUCCUCAGCCUGUGA